ACCCUUGUGACGAGUCAUAUAUUUAAUCAACAGGACCAAGACACGAUAGAGACGGGAGGUUUGCUACCAGCUCAACACUACCUACCUAUCAAACACCGUCUAAGCCUAACAAUCAGACAAAAGUUUUGUCUAAUACCGCACAGUUACAAGCAAACAUUGGUCUAUUUUGUAGCUUCCUACUAUGACAGUACCGUGCCCUUUUAACAACGACUAUUUUCCUAUCUUGUACCUAAGCCAACUUCUUCAGGACGCGUCUCGACUUCACUGACUGAUCUAAUCCACGAUAGAUGCGUCAAGCCACAGCUCUGGUGGGUCAGAACAUUGACUUAUGUAAGUAAGGAAAUUACCUAAUAUAAGAUGCCCAUAUGUUUAUAGGUACUAUGUACUGAUAGCUUAUCGGAUUAACCUCGACAAUAUCGGAUUAACCCAAAAAUUCAAUCCCGUCCCAGUCAAAGAUCACAUUAAUAGGUACAUAUCGCAUACCUACUGGGAUAUCCCACCUAUACGGCAUUCCCAAGGUACGAGGUAGCGAAUUCAUGGCGACAACUACCUCCGUCCGACCUGCAAUUGGCCGGAUAAUAAGCGCUGCUGGGAGCCAGCAUGUCGCUAACCCGUCCUUUCUGAGCGUCCUCUUGAUAAGAGCUGCGACUCAAAGUUGCCCGUUCUCCUCGACCUCAGACCGAAGUAUGCGCCGGGCGCGCCGCGACAACAAUAAACAGCGUGGGCUGAGCAGCAUAUAUCGGUCCGGUCCGCGGUUUCGGAUGAACGUCGACAAGAAUCAGAUACCGAAACCGGUAGAUUUCAAGCCGGACGUUAAGGUCGACCCGAACCACGGGCUGUGGGGAUUUUUCUACUCCAAGGAGAAGCUCCUGCUCACGCCCGACGAGGAUUCCGAGCACGGGCGCGGGUGGACCGUCGAGGAGCUGCGGCAUAAAAGCUGGGAGGAUCUGCAUAAGCUCUGGUGGGUUUGCGUCAAGGAACAAAAUCGCAUUGCUACGGCGCGGAAGGAGAAGGCCCGGCUAAAGCUUAAGAACGGAGUGGAAACCAUGGAGGAUAGGCUAUCAGAGGUCCGCAAGACGAUGAAGUCGAUCAAGCACGCGCUGACAGAACGAUACUACGUAUGGGAGGACGCAAGGAAGCUAGCUGGGACGGACCCGGAAAUCGAUCUUGCCAACACAAGCCGCCCUUAUAACCCGAGCUCGUAUUUUGACGAAGACGUGAAGGAGACGGAACCAGCAGAGGAGCAAAAGGAGGCGCAACAGGAAGCAUCCUCGGAACAACAGGAGGAAUCAGGAAAGUCGACGGCUGAAAAUGUUGACCCGUCUACGCUCCCGCCUAGUGCUACAGAGCCUCAGCAGCCGUCGACGAGAGCAUGAGCUUACGAGUAUAUGUGUUGAUACAGAGUAUACGCUCCGAGGAUGGAGCAUGUAAAUAUGUUGCAU